UUAUUUCGAAAACUAUUCCUGUUUAAUGACUUUUCUUAAUCUAACUGUACAGUACAAAGUCAUUGAUCACCUUAGAUUUUUUUAAAAUGUGAUUUUGGUUUCAACAACGUCAUCAUAAUCAUAUUCGGCAGCAGCAUUAACCGCUUCCGCGAUUGGUUUUGCAUAAAUUUUGGGGGAGUGACUGAAGGUAGACUGUCUGAGCAGCAGCGUGUCCUGGCUGGGCUUUUGCAUCCUGCUUAGAGUGCAACGGCGCUUCUACUGUGGUGUGCGCGUGUGGGUGGUCUGCAAAUUGUGCUUUCCGCCGUUCGAGCAAAUUCAAGCAUGAAGAGAGGCAAGAAGGCAGAGGAGGCACCAGCAGAAGGGGACAAUGAUGCCGCCUCUGAAAGUACUCCCAAGAAAGCAAAGAAGACUAAAGAACCAGAAGCCCCUAUUUUGUACGAAGAUCCCCCUGAUAAAAUGACCAGCAAAGAUGGACGUGAUGCCAACAUGAAGAUCACUUCUUGGAACGUCGACGGACUGAGAGCCUGGGUGAAGAAGAAUGGCCUGGAUUGGGUGCGUGAGGAGAAUCCAGACAUCCUGUGCCUGCAGGAGACCAAGUGCGCGGAGAAAAGCCUGCCUGCCGCCAUCACAUCCAUGCCCGAGUACCCGCACAAGUACUGGUGCGGGUCGGAAGAAAAGGAAGGCUACAGCGGCGUGGCCAUGCUCUGCAAAACGGAACCGGUCAAAGUGACGUACGGCAUCGGUAAAGAAGAACACGAUAAGGAAGGCCGCGUCAUUACCGCAGAGUUCCCCACUUUCUACCUGGUGACAGCCUACGUCCCCAAUGCCAGCAAAGGUCUCGUCCGCUUAGACUACCGCAAAACCUGGGACGUAGACUUCCGCUCCUACUUGAGCGAGCUGGAUGUACAGAAGCCCGUGGUGCUGUGCGGCGACCUCAAUGUGGCCCACCAAGAGAUCGACCUGAAAAACCCCAAGGGGAACAAGAAGAACGCCGGCUUUACACCGGAGGAGCGCGAGGGCUUCGGCCAGCUACUGGAGGCCGGUUUCGUCGACAGCUUCCGUGAGCUUUACCCCGAGCAGGCCAACGCCUACACCUUCUGGACCUACAUGAUGAAUUCCAGGUCUAAGAACGUGGGCUGGAGGCUGGAUUAUUUUGUGCUCUCAUCCUCCCUGGUGCCCGCUUUGUGCGAUAGCAAGAUUCGCACCAAAGCUAUGGGGAGCGACCACUGCCCUAUUACACUGCAUAUUGUCGUAUAGCUUCUUUUUGAGUCAGAUUCACUGGUAGAGCAAGUGUUAAGUUUUGCUUGAGCUGAAAAUAUGCAACACUAAGCAUUGUUUUUCAUCCAAAAAAGUGAUGUACUCUGGUAUCACACUAAUAAAAAUCUGGUUUCUAGAGACAA